AUGUGUGCACCACUGAAAAUAAGUGAGAAAGAUCGUUAUUACUGGGAGGUGGCAUGGAGUGGGGAGGAGGGUGUUGAAAUAGCAGUCUCAUAUGACAGCAUCAAAAGAGAUGGUCUGUUUUAAUAAGUGUCGGUUUGGACGCAAUGCUUUGUCCUGGAGCUUAGAAUGCACCACUGGCGUCUCUUUCUGGCACAACAUAAAGGAGAUCUGUGUCUGGUGGUGGUGUCAUUACCUCCAGGAUUGGGGCGUCAUUACCUCCAGGGUUGGAGUAUUCCUUGACUAUGAGGCAGGAACUCUUUCCUACCUCAACAACGCCAGCUUGACAAAUGGUGUACUGGCACUCCUCCAUAAGGUUGAGACUGAAUUCACAGAUGAUCUCUGCCCUGGGUUUUGGCUUGGUUUGGUUUGA